AUGUUGCCGUCUUCAUUUACCGGCGGUGCUAGAUAUAUGAUGCAAAACUAUUUAGAUGCCAUGUCUCUAUGCAAGUGUUUUGGUUAUCCCGACUUUUUUAUAACCAUCACAUGCAACCCAAAAUGGCCGGAGGUAACAAGGUUUCUUAGAGACACCACACUUAAACCUGAAGAUAGAGCAGAUAUUCUGUCAAGAUUAUUUAAGUUGAAAUUGGAUGCUAUUUGCAAAGACUUAAAGGAACGCCAUCUAUUGGGAAAAGCUGCCGCAGUUGUUUACACUAUCGAGUUUCAAAAACGUGGAUUGCCUCAUGCACACUUAUGCUUAUUCAUGGAGAAUGAAUAUAAACUUCCUACAGUGGACCAUGUUGAUGCAUUUAUAUGUGCUGAGAUUCCAAACAGAAAUGAGGACCCGGAGUUAUACACACUUGUGAAAGACUAUAUGAUUCAUGGUCCAUGUGGUCUUGCUAACCUAAGCUGUCCAUGUAUGGUUGAUAGAAAAUGUUCGAAAGGCUUUCCAAAAAAGUUUCAAGAUCAUACGACAUUAGAUUCAAAUGGAUUCCCAGUGUACGGAAGAAGAAACGACGGUGCGACAGUUAUAAAGAACCGCAUUGAGCUAGAUAAUAGAAGUGUUGUACCAUACAACAAAACGCUGUUGAAAAGGUAUCAGGCGCACAUAAAUGUUGAGUGGUGCAAUCAAGCUGGGUCUAUCAAAUAUUUGUUUAAAUACAUCAACAAAGGACCUGAUAGAGCAACUGUUGUUGUUGUGCAAGGGGAUAACCAAAACGAAGAACCAUCAAAAGAUGAGAUAAAAGAGUAUUAUGAUUGUAGGUACAUCUCAGCUUGUGAGGCAUCUUGGAGGAUAUUCUCUAAUGAAGUACACUAUAGGUAUCCUUUUGUUACAAGGUUACCUUUCCAUCUUCCAGGACAACAAAAUGUCGUUUUUGGUCCUGACGAAGAUAUAAAUUCCGUCCUUAACAAACCAUCUGUAAAAGUGUCAAUGUUUUUGUCUUGGAUGGAACGUAACAAAGACCCGAAUGACACAAUGGCCCGUACCCUUACUUAUGUUCAGUUUCCAAUUUUUUAUGUAUGGAAGAUUGAAAAUCGUUGCUGGGAACCUAGACAAAAGGGAAAAGCGAUUGGCAGAAUUCACUCUGUACCCCCUUCUUUUGGUGAAGCAUAUUUUUUAAGGAUUCUUCUUAACAAAGUCAAAGGGCCAAAAUCGUUUGAGGACAUUAGAACCGUUAAUGGUCAUGUACACGAUACCUUUAGAGAUGCGUGUUACGCACUUGGUCUUUUGGACGAUGACAUAGAGUACAUUGAAGCAAUCAAGGAAGCAAAUGAAACAGCAACAUGUUCAUAUAUUCGUGUUUUGUUUGCAAUGAUGUUGUUAUCAAAUACUCUGUCUAGACCUGAGGUGGUAUGGGAAAGCACGUGGAAAUAUAUGACGGAUGACUUUAUUUACAGAUUAAGAAAAUUUCAUUGA